GGGCGUCGUUGGACGUUGAGCCUCGCCUUCAGCUGUGGGCGGAACCCGACUCUAUUUUUUUUUCUCUUUUUCAAAAACCGCCACGUUUUUUAAAUGUGGUGUUUAUAAUAGUGCUGCUGCUACUGGCCGCUGGGUAAACAUUCCCUUCUCCUCCGUUUUCACUUAGGACGAACGUCCCCUACCGCCCGGGGUCCGCCCGGAGUUUGCGCUUGCGCAAGAAUGACCAGAAGAUGGCGGCGGUAAUCGCCGCACUUUUUUUCAAAUUAGGGGAUCCCAGAAAGCAUUGCGCGCGUUUGUAACGAAUUUCCGUUCGAGUUUGUAUUUUAGGCGCCAUUUUCGAGUGAAGGACCCGGAGCCGAGACACCGGCAGGAGCGCGGUGGGCUCCGCAACCGUCUCCAACCUUGGACUGGCCCGCAGCCACCAUGCCCCGCAAAGGCGCCCAGCCCUCCACCGCCCGGCGCGGAGAGGAGCCGCCGCGGUCCCCGGCCGACGCCAGCCCCGACGCCGAGCCCGAGCCGCCGUCCGGCCGCGCCGAGAGCCCGAGCUCCUCCGCCGCGGAAGCGCCCGGGGAGGACCUCGACAGCCGAAGUUUAGAAGAAAUCCUGGGCAGCGUCCCUCCGCCGCCGCCUCCGGCGAUGACCAAUGAAGCCGGCGCUCCCAGGCUGAUGAUAACGCACAUCGUGAACCAGAACUUCAAAUCCUACGCCGGGGAGAAAAUUCUGGGACCUUUUCACAAGCGCUUUUCGUGUAUUAUUGGGCCAAAUGGCAGUGGCAAAUCCAAUGUUAUUGACUCUAUGCUUUUUGUGUUUGGCUAUCGAGCACAAAAAAUUAGGUCUAAAAAACUCUCUGUACUAAUACAUAAUUCUGAUGAGCACAAGGAUAUUCAGAGUUGUACUGUAGAAGUUCAUUUCCAAAAGAUAAUUGAUAAGGAAGGAGAUGAUUAUGAAGUCAUUCCUAACAGUAACUUCUAUGUGUCCAGAACAGCCUACAGAGAUAAUACUUCUGUUUACCACAUAAGUGGGAAGAAAAAGACAUUUAAGGAUGUUGGAAAUCUUCUUCGAAGCCAUGGAAUUGACUUGGACCAUAAUAGAUUUUUAAUCUUACAGGGUGAAGUUGAACAAAUCGCCAUGAUGAAACCAAAAGGCCAAACUGAACACGAUGAGGGUAUGCUUGAAUAUUUAGAAGAUAUAAUUGGUUGUGGACGGCUAAAUGAACCUAUUAAAGUCCUUUGUCGGAGAGUUGAAAUAUUAAAUGAACACAGAGGAGAGAAGUUAAACAGAGUUAAGAUGGUAGAAAAGGAAAAGGAUGCCUUAGAAGGAGAGAAAAACAUAGCUGUCGAAUUUCUUACCUUAGAAAAUGAAAUAUUCAGGAAGAAGAGUCACGUUUGUCAGUAUUACAUUUAUGAUCUGCAGAAAAGAAUUACUGAAAUGCAAACUCAAAAGGAAAAAAUUCAUGAAGAUACCAAAGAAAUUAAUGAGAAGAGCAAUAUACUGUCCAAUGAAAUGAAAACUAAAAAUAAAGCUGUAAAAGAUGCAGAGAAGAAACUGAACAAAGUUACAAAAUUUAUUGAGGAGAACAAAGAAAAAUUUACCCAGCUAGAUUUGGAAGACGUUCACGUUCGGGAAAAGUUAAAACAUGUUACGAGUAAGGCGAAGAAACUGGAGAAGCAACUGCAGAAAGAUAAAGAGAAGGUUGAAGAAUAUAAAAGUAUACCUGCCAAGAGUGAGAGUAUAAUAACUGAGGCAACAUCUAGAAACAAUGUCCUUGAGAAGGAAAAAGAGAAAGAAGAGAAAAAAUUAAGGGAAGUUAUGGAUAGCCUUAAACGGGAAACACAAGGGCUCCAGAAAGAAAAAGAGAGUCGAGAGAAAGAACUUAUGGGUUUCAGUAAAUCAGUAAACGAAGCACGUUCAAAGAUGGACGUAGCCCAGUCAGAACUCGACAUCUACCUCAGUCGGCAUAACACGGCAGCAUCUCAGCUGAGGAAGGCCCAGGAAGCUCUAACAGCAGCUUCUGAGACUCUCAAAGAAAGGAAAGCUGCAAUUGGAGAUAUAGAAGCAAAACUCCCUCAUACUGAACGAGAGUUAAAAGAGAAAGAAAAAGAACUUCAGAAACUUACACAAGAAGAAAUAAACUUAAAAAGUUUGGUUCAUGAUCUUUUCCAAAAAGUUGAAGAAGCAAAGAGCUCCUUAGCAACAAAUCGAAGUCGGGGGAAAGUCCUUGAUGCAAUAAUUCAAGAAAAAAAAUCAGGCAGGAUUCCAGGAAUAUACGGACGAUUGGGGGACUUAGGAGCCAUUGAUGAAAAAUAUGAUGUUGCUAUUUCAUCCUGUUGUCAUGCGUUAGACUACAUUGUUGUCGAUACUAUUGAUACAGCCCAGGAAUGCGUGAACUUCCUUAAGAGACAAAAUAUUGGAGUUGCUACUUUUAUAGGUUUAGAUAAGAUGGCAGUAUGGGAAAAAAAAAUGACCAAAAUUCAAACUCCUGAAAAUACUCCUCGAUUAUUUGAUUUAGUAAACGUGAAAGAUGAGAAAAUUCGCCAAGCUUUUUACUUUGCUUUACGAGAUACCUUAGUAGCUAACAGCUUGGAUCAAGCCACCAGAGUGGCAUAUCAGAAGGACAGAAGAUGGAGAGUGGUGACUCUGCAGGGACAGAUCAUAGAGCAGUCAGGUACGAUGACUGGCGGUGGAAGCAAAGUAAUGAAAGGAAGGAUGGGCUCGUCAGUUAUGGUUGAAAUCUCUGAAGAAGAGGUAAAUAAAAUGGAAUCACAGUUGCAAAGAGACUCUCAAAAAGCAGUGCAAAUCCAGGAACGGAAAGUACAACUUGAAGAAGCAGUAGUUAAAUUACGGCACAGUGAGCGAGAAAUGAGGAAUACACUAGAAAAGUUUACUGCAAGCAUCCAGCACUUAUCCGAGCAAGAAGAAUAUUUGAAUGUGCAGGUUAAGGAGCUUGAAGCUAAUGUACUGGCUACAGCCCCCGACCAAAAAAAGCAGAAAUUGCUGGAAGAAAAUGUCAGUGCUUUCAAAACAGAAUACAACAAUGUGGCUGAGAAAGCUGGUAAAGUAGAAGCUGAGGUUAAAAGAUUGCACAAUAUCAUUGUAGAAAUCAAUAACCAUAAACUCAAGUCCCAGCAAGACAAACUUGAUCAAAUAAAUAAGCAAUUAGAUGAAUGUGCCUCUGCUGUUACUAAAGCCCAAGUAGCAAUCAAGACUGCAGACAGAAAUCUUAAAAAGGUGCAAGACUCUGUCUUUCGCACAGAGAAAGAAAUAAAAGAUACUCAAAAAGAAAUAGAUGACUUCACAGCGGAGCUAAAAAGUCUGGAGGACAAAGCAACAGAGGUUGUGAAGAACACAAAUGCUGCAGAGGAGUCCUUACCAGAGAUCCAAAAAGAACAUCGUAAUCUACUUCAAGAACUGAAAGUCAUUCAAGAGAAUGAGCAUGCUCUUCAAAAAGACGCACUUAGUAUUAAGCUGAAACUCGAACAGAUAGAUGGCCACAUUGCUGAGCAUAACUCCAAAAUAAAGUACUGGCAAAAAGAGAUUUCAAAAAUAUCACUCCAUCGUAUAGAAGAUAGCCCUGUUGAAGAGGUCUCAGUUCUGCGUCCCGAGGAUCUUGAGACAAUCAAGAAUCCAGAUUCUAUAACAAAUCAAAUUGCGCUGUUGGAGGCCCAGUGUCAUGAAAUAAAGCCAAAUCUGGGUGCCAUUGCAGAAUAUAAAAAGAAGGAAGAAUUAUACUUGCAACGGGUAGCAGAAUUGGACAAAAUUACUUACGAAAGAGAUCGUUUUAGAGAGGCAUAUGAAGAUCUUCGGAAACAAAGGCUUAAUGAGUUUAUGGCUGGCUUUUAUGUAAUAACAAAUAAAUUAAAAGAAAAUUACCAAAUGCUGACCUUGGGAGGCGAUGCCGAACUGGAACUUGUGGACAGCUUGGAUCCCUUCUCGGAAGGAAUCAUGUUCAGCGUUCGACCACCUAAGAAAAGUUGGAAGAAGAUCUUCAACCUUUCUGGAGGAGAGAAAACUCUUAGUUCAUUGGCUUUAGUAUUUGCUCUUCACCACUACAAACCCACUCCCCUGUACUUCAUGGACGAGAUCGAUGCAGCCCUUGAUUUUAAAAAUGUGUCAAUUGUUGCAUUUUAUAUAUACGAACAAACAAAAAAUGCCCAGUUCAUAAUAAUUUCUCUUCGAAAUAAUAUGUUUGAGAUUUCAGAUAGACUUAUUGGAAUUUACAAGACGUACAAUAUAACAAAAAGUGUUGCAGUAAACCCAAAAGAAAUCGCAUCUAAAGGACUUUGCUGAACUUGAUUAUACUGAAGAUUCUCCCCAUCUGCAUAGUUCGUGUAUUUUUUUUGUAAAUGAUUAAUUUUAUAAAAUACAUAUUCCUAAACUGGAUCACAAAAUUUAAUUUUGUGUUGUUAUGACAUGUUUUAAGUCUAAUAAAAUAUUCUCUAUACAUGUUUCUAGGAAGUUGUAGGAAUCUGGCCAUUUUGUAAGCCUCAGAUGGUGAGAAAAUAAGAUGCCUGGAGGGUUAGGUGACUUCCCCACAGUCCCAAGUUGCUUCCAGCAGAGCUGAAAGUUUGUUGACGCACAGUCAAGUUCUAAACUAGAUUGAGAAGUCAAAGAGCUCAGCGUGCCCUCACAAACCUUCAGACUACACUGGAAAAGCUGCCAACGAAAUGGGUCAAUUAAGGCAUUUGUGAUGGUUAAGGCUGUGUCAGCUUGGCUGAGCCACGAUUCUCAGGGGGUUUGACAGAUCCAUGAUGAUGCAGUCAUCCUCCAUGAUGGGAUCUGAUGUGGUCAGUCGGUCAGUCAGUCAGUCUUAACGGCAGUUUCCUUCCUCCCUCUGUAUAGACAUGUUUGACUGGUUUUGCUCCUCUAGAGAACCCAGCCAGACAGCAUUGUACUUAAAAAUUUGGACUGUAUUUAUUACCCAAAAAGAAUGGAAACAUCCUUUUUAAAUCUAUGCUUUUUAAGAAUUUUCACGCUUCACUUUUUUGAAACAACCUUAACAAGAGAAACCAACAAUUAUCUGAAUGUGACUAGGAUAUCUUAUGUCUGAAAGGCAAAAUGCCCCACUAGAGUUGGUUUAUAAAAAGACAAAUACAUAAGGGUUAACUUAGGAAUGCCACUUAUUUUGCCUAUCAGUUGUCGGGAUUUUUUUUACACCAUAAUAGCUCAAGAGUAUUAUAGAAUGCUACUGGAAAGGAAGUCGCAGCCAUUUGGUUUUCAGAAGGUUAUUUUGGUGUUGAAUUAAAAGUCUUUGCCCUAGCUAGUCAGUUUCUAGAUACCUAAGAGUUAAUUGCCCCGUUCAAUGCAUCACUGAUUAGGUAUUAAAAAUCCAACAACAGACAGUUUGUAUCAUAGUACACCCACUAAAAUAUAAAC